GUGUAUUUUUUGCUGCCGUCGGGAAACAGGCAUCUCUCUCUCUCUCUCUCUCUCUCUCAAAAGUUUUUGUGUCCAUUCUACAAACGGCACGGCAGGUUAUAUUCUAAUUAUAAUGAUCCAGUACCGGAUAUUUGAAUUCAAUCUUGAUUACCCAUAUCUUGAAAUUUCAGUUUUAAUCAGCCGAGUUUGGUAAUAUUGACAUCCAAGGACAAUGGUGAUGAAGAAGAUGAUGAGGUGGCCACCAUGGCCGGCAGCAGCGGUUGCCACCAAGAAAUAUACUGUAGUGGUUGUUGUGCGGAGGCUACAGGGGUUGGAAUUGGAGGACGAGGUGGAGGAGGAGAGAAGAGCGUUGGUGGUGGAGGUUAAGUGGAAGGGUCAGAAGAAGUCCUGGAGACUCGGCUCUGCGCCUCCUGUCAAGAGGAAUUUCACCAAAGAAGGUGGAAUUGGCGAUGAUGGGGCGGUCGAGUGGGAUGAGGAGUUUACGAGUGUCUGUCGCUUUUCGGGUUACAAGGAGGAGGGGGAGCCUCUGUUUUUUCCAUGGGAGCUUGCAUUUACAGUGCUCUUCAAUGCUGAAAACAAAGGAGUGAGAAACAGAGUCAGUGUCUUUGGAACUGCGUCACUGAACCUCGCGGAAUAUGCUUUAGCAGCGUCUGUCGGAAAGGAAUUCCGGCUCAACAUUCCUGUUAAUGUCGCUACUGGGGUUUCAAAGACUAUCCCAUCACUGUCUAUCUCUCUCAGAUUAUUGGAACUGAGAGCCACUCAACAACUCUCAGAGACAAUGCGGGGAUCCCCGCAUUCUGAUGAAGCUAUUUCCGCACAAAAAGACGAGUUUUCUUCUCUUAAAGCAGGGCUGAGAAAGGUGAAAAUCCUAACCAAUUAUGUUUCAUUUGGUAAAUCAAACAAGGCAUGCUGCGAGGAAGGUGGCACUGAUAGCAGGAGUUCCAAUCGAAGUGAGGAUGCUUCGUCCAAUUAUCCAUUUGACACAAGUUCACUUGAUGAUGAUGCUGGAGAGGAAUCAGAGUGCAGUAAGGACGAUUCUAGUGUCAGGCGGUCAAUCAGCUACGAAACUAUAGCAUAUGCAAACUAUGCUGGAGCCUUGUUUUACUCCAAUACUAACAUUGACAAUGAGGAUGAUUUUUGGAUCCACUAUAGCAACCAUAAAUUAGCAGGCGGCUUGCAUGUUGAGAAUUCUAGUGCACCAGUCCACAGGCCAACCUUCUGGCAGAGUUCAAUGGGAAGCAUCCUACCUUGGAGGAAGAGGAAAUUGAGCUUCAGAUCUCCAAAAGCCAAAGAGGAACCUCUUCUGAAGAAACAUUAUGGAGAAGAGGGUGGCGAUGAUAUUGACUUUGAUCGCAGGCAGCUUAGCUCCUCCGAUGAGUCCAGUUUUGGGUCUCAUGAAACAGAGGGUUCAGUAUCUGAAUUUGGGGAUGAUAGUUUUUAUGUGGGAACUUGGCAGCAAAAGGAAGUGAUAAGCCGUGAUGGAAAUAUGAAGCUUCACACCCAAGUAUUUUUUGCUUCAAUUGAUCAAAGGAGUGAACGUGCUGCUGGAGAAAGUGCGUGCACGGCCCUGGUUGCAGUCAUUGCAGAUUGGUUGAAAUCCAACCAGGAUGAGAUGCCUAUCAAGUCUGAAUUCGACAGCCUGAUUAGAGAUGGAUCAUCAGAGUGGAGAGCUCUCUGCAAUAACGAGGCCUACAUAGAGCAUUUCCCUGACAAGCACUUUGAUCUUGACACCAUUGUUCAAUCUAAAGUUCGUCCUCUUUCUCUAGUUCCGGAGAAAUCUUUCGUAGGAUUCUUCCAUCCCGAGGGACUAGAAAAUAGGGAUUUCGACUUCCUUGAUGGUGCCAUGUCCUUCGAUAGUAUAUGGGAUGAGAUCAGCCGUUCUGCAUCAGAAUGUGCAUGGGACAGCGAACCGUUAGUCUACAUUGUGAGUUGGAAUGACCAUUUCUUUGUCCUAAGGGUAGAGCAAUAUGCUUUUUACAUAAUUGAUACGUUGGGGGAGAGGCUGUAUGAAGGCUGCAACCACGCUUAUAUCCUCAAAUUUGACAAAGACACAGUGAUCCAAAGAUUACCAAGCGGUACUAAAACAUCAGAUGAGAAAAAGAGCGAUCAAUUACAACUGAACAACUCCAAGGAAACAAAAGCUGAAGGGGCAAUUGUAGUGAGCCAGAAAGAUUCGAAAGACGGAGAUAGAGAAGAGGAGAUUGUGUGGAAAGGAAAAGACUGUUGUAAAGAGUAUAUUAAGAGCUUUCUUGCUGCUAUCCCGAUAAGGGGAUUGCUCGCGGAUCUUAAGAGGGGUUUGAUGACAUCAGUACCUCUCCAUCACCGGCUACAAAUUGAAUUCCACUAUACCAAGCUGUUGCUGUCCCCGGGUGAAGUUUCAGUAAGUGAAACAGCAGCUGAUGCACCAGCAAUGGCCAUGGCAUUGACCGUUGUAUAAUGACUUCCCCCUCCCCCUUCUUUUCGGGAUUCAAUUGUUCUUCUCUAGUAGCAAUACAAAGUAAAUAGAGAACUCAAAAUAGAGAACUCAUACCACAUUAUUUCUUUGUUUAUCAACAAUAAAUCCUCAUGUUCAAGAACCUUAACAUGAAGGGCUUUACCCCGACGUUUGGUACAUGUCAUAAAUAUUUUUCGAUCCUUUGAUGAAAUAGAUCCCACAAAGAAAAGAAAGCUUCAGUCCAACUCUGGUUCUUCUAAUGGAAGAAAAGGUGGAUAAGCUUAGAUUAGAAGUUCACCACCUUUUCUUCAAUAAGACUGCACCAAAACUAGAGUUUACUGGAUCUCAUUUGCGGAAAGGAAAGUGUAGUGACGACCAAAUGCAGAUUGGUCCUUCUUCUAGUUGUUAUUCCGAAAUUCUCAGUCAUCAUGAUUGAGGGCUUCUAGUUUCAUCCUAUUGGCAAGUUUCCAGUCGAGGUGGUACAAAUAUUUGAGCAAAUCCAAGUUCAAUGUGUGCAGUGGCAGUUCGAAUGAUAUUCCUCGACAGAGUCUCCUGCCUGCACCAAAUGGAAACGGAAGCAAUUCAAAAUUGUUUCCUUUAAAGUCCAUGGUUUUGAAAGCUUUUUCAGGAUGAUCAGCCCAAAAUUUUGAAUCUCUCCCUAUUGCAUAAGCAUUGAUGAUGACUUUGGCCCUUGCUAGUCUUGGGAUGACAGGACCGACUGCAUGUGCAGGGUGUAAUCGAAAAGUUUCCUUGAUGACUAAUUUCAAGUAGAAGUAUUCAAGCUCUUCGAUUUUGUCCUUUCCUUUUGACGGUUGUCGUGCCUCCGAUUGUGACUUCUCCAUUAAUUAGGGAUUUUUAGCAGCUCUGAGAUUGCCAAUUUCGUUGCUGGUCAACUCUCACAGCCUGCAGCAGAGAAAAUGUCCUGAAAAUAUGAAGUUGCAAUUAGUUAUUGGAAGUGAAUACUGCACACCUGUUUUCUCCCCAUA